CCCCCCGCCCCCCACCCCCCUGGCUCUGUUAGUAACUCCCCACCCCCUCUACACCCUGGUUCACUGCUUGACCAGAUGAAGCCCCCUGACGUUUGCAACAGCGUCCAGAGCCAGGCCACCAGCCAGUGCCAAUCUCAGAACAGAAUCGUGUGAGAAACGGCCCAGUAAAUCCUGGCUUGGAGAUUCAUGCAGAUGAAGACUAGAAUAUUAGGGAUUUUUUUAUAUCUCUUAUUAAAGAUAAACUUUUUUUUUUUUUUUAAAUCAAUAUUUUUUUUGAAGACGAGUAGUUUUGCACAUUUUUUAUUGAUAUUCUUUUUAUAAAUACCUUCCUCAAUUUAAAAAAAUAUAUAUUUAUAUAUACAUGAUAGGGUAGUGACAUCUUCAUGCUCUCAUCCCCAUCCUAGAACCCAUCCUUACCCCAACCCCCACCCUCAAAGCCUUGUGCUUUUACCCCAUCCUGACCUCUAUCAGGUCCUCUCCUCAGGAAGAAAGGCUGUACUCCUGCCGUUUAGGCUUCUAUGCAGACCUCUCCUCUUACCAAAAUUUCAGCUGGCUGCCAGCGAUGCAGUGUUCUUUGGAGGGAAUAAAGCUGGCUCGGUCUUUGCCGAACCAAUGGACUGGCGGAGUUAGUGGUAUUUGCUAUGCACCAAUAAUAAGAUGGCUUCCAACUUGCCCCCCUGUCUGCCAUUCACCCGUACAAUCCGCUCCGAUUGGGAAGAAAGACCCAUUCCACCAAAACAAAUUCUGAAUGAAAAGCCUUACUCUCCUGAUGACUUAGUGAAUUUAUGCUUCUCGCAGUUUUGAAAUGAGAGAAGAAUUGUCCCUCUUAGCUUGCUGUAGCGCCCAUGAGCCACCCCUGUGUUGGGUCCACCUGCGGUGACAUUGCGGACGGGGACGUGCUGCGAGGGGUCACAGUGCGUGCCCCUCGCCGUGGGGUUGGAUGCCACCUUAUUGGUUUGAGAGGGGGAGGGGGUCGUGGGGCGAGGCAGGAAGGGGAGCGGCCAGCGUCCACCCUCCGGCCCCACCCACCCCUCCCCCGCGCGCCCGCUCAGGUCACGUGGAGUUGCGCGCGCAGUGAGCUGCUUGCCUGACCCCCUCAGCCGUACACACACACAAGCGUUCUGUCACGCACUUGGGGAGGGUCACCCACUCGGUCAAAUCGGUCUUCGACCCAGUGGAUUGUCACAGCAUAGUUUGAUAUAAAUACCAGCCUAUAUCUUAAGAAUCCUAUGGCAGCGCAGCGUAGUUGGCUGUUUGUCGGUCUAUCUGUGUGUCCGCACACAAUGGUUGGUCAUUUAACUGGCAUUUGAGCACCUCAAAAACAAGUUUUGCCCUCCCCACUUCGGCUGUGCCAGGCAGGUAACUCCCACUAUGCGCUCCACCGCAAGCGACAGAUGCUGGGCUAGAAAGAGAGAACCCACCUGCGCGCCACAAGCAUUGACCUCUUUAUUUCAGAGCUGUGGAGGCUUCUAGAAUACAAAGAACAUAAACCCCUCCCACCCCCCAGGCUUCUCUCUUCUCCCAUUGGCCAGGAUUCAGGAAAUGCAGGACAGGAUAAAGAAUCACAAUGUAUGUACAAUUAUGAUUAGUUGUUCUUUUUUAAGUAUUGCCUUUGAAAGAAAAAGAGAAGGAACAAUGAGGUAAAAUUAACCUGCAGAUAAGAGCUUGAAGAAUGAAUGGAUUGAUAUUCCCCCCCUUUUUGUCUUUUAACUAUGCAAUGAUUUGGGAACAUACCCAAAGCAAUGUGAUCAGGUCAAGGGGGGAAGACCAAGCCAGUUGGCCUCCCUCAUUUUCUUUCAAUUGGAACAAUAAUUUUUAAAAUAAAUUAUGUUAUUUAAGUAAAUAUAGUCCAAAGCCUUUCUUCUCUCCUGCUCUAGUCCUUCCUUUGCGAACUUUUUCUCCCCCUUAUCGCAGACAUUUUAAAUGUAUUUGCAUGAGUAUAAGAUAUGGACUAAGCUUAGGAUGGCUUAUUUUCAUUUCAAGUUGUAUAUUUUUUUAAUAUAUAUAUAUAUAUUUAUUUUGGUGUGUGUGUGCGUGUGUGUGUGUUUUUUUUUUUUUUUUUUGUACAUCCAUUUAAAAAAAGAAAAGAAAAAACACAAAAAAAUGUUAAUAAAUUGUCAACUUUUACUAACGAUCUUUUCUUCUUAUUUUGUCUCUUUUGGUUUCCACGACUGAUAUUGUUAUUUAGAAGGUUUCAGGUGUGGUGGCCUCUUCCUCCAGCUCAGGGGUGGUGCUCCGGAGCGUCAGUAGGCCACCAACAGCCCUCACCUCCCCCCACUGCAGCGGCUGCCCAUGACACAGUCCCAAAAUAUGGUAACGGGUUUGUAACUGCCAGCAAAAAAAAGCAAGAACUAAAGAGAAAAGAACUUAAGAGGAUAAAGAGAGAAGCGAGAAAAGAGUAGAACACGCAAAAAAAAAUGGCUGACUUCUGCUGUCUUGUGGCUUACUUUGGAAGAAAGCAUUUACUAAUAACAAGGAGAAACAAGUAAAUGGACAAAUAAGUAACUUUGCAAAACAAAGUAACAUCGGCCCUCUUGCUGAAGCUUGUUGAAGAGAACAAUGUAACAAAAAUAAGAAGGGAGAAAAAAAAACAAAAAUUUAAAAAUGGAUUGGAUGCAGUUUAGCUCCAAACGAGCUAAGCACAAAAAAAAAGCAAAAGCGUGCUAUCUGAAGGCUAUUGAGACCCAGCCCAACUUUGCCGUAGCUUGGAGUAACCUGGGCUGUGUGUUCAACGCCCAGGGAGAGAUCUGGUUGGCUAUACAUCACUUUGAGAAGGCUGUAACUCUUGAUCCUAACUUCUUGGAUGCCUACAUUAACUUGGGAAAUGUCUUGAAAGAGGCUCGUAUAUUUGAUAGAGCUGUUGCUGGCUACCUGCGGGCCCUCAGCCUGAGCCCCAACCAUGCGGUGGUCCACGGCAACCUGGCAUGUGUGUACUACGAGCAGGGUCUGAUCGACCUGGCCAUCGACACUUACCGCAGGGCCAUCGAGCUGCAGCCACAUUUCCCAGAUGCCUACUGCAACCUGGCCAAUGCUCUUAAAGAGAAGGGCAAUGUGUCUGAAGCAGAGGAAUGCUACAACACAGCCUUGCGCUUAUGCCCAACCCACGCUGAUUCCCUCAACAAUCUGGCCAACAUCAAGCGUGAGCAGGGCAACAUUGAGGAGGCAGUGCAGCUCUACAGGAAGGCCCUGGAGGUGUUCCCAGAGUUUGCUGCAGCCCACUCCAACCUGGCCAGUGUGCUCCAGCAGCAGGGUAAGCUGCAGGAGGCACUGAUGCACUACAAGGAGGCCAUCAGGAUCAGCCCCACGUUUGCGGAUGCCUACUCCAACAUGGGCAACACCCUGAAGGAGAUGCAGGACGUGCAGGGAGCGCUGCAGUGCUACACACGUGCCAUCCAGAUCAACCCCGCCUUCGCUGACGCACACAGCAACCUGGCCUCCAUCCACAAGGACUCUGGCAACAUCCCAGAGGCCAUUGCGUCGUACCGCACGGCGCUGAAGCUGAAACCUGACUUCCCUGAUGCCUACUGCAACCUGGCCCACUGCCUGCAGAUUGUGUGUGACUGGACCGAUUACGAUGAGCGCAUGAAGAAGCUGGUGAGCAUCGUGGCGGACCAGCUGGACAAGAACCGGCUGCCCUCGGUGCACCCCCACCACAGCAUGCUCUACCCACUAUCGCACGGCUUCCGCAAGGCCAUCGCAGAACGUCACGGCAACCUCUGCCUCGACAAGAUUAAUGCUCUGCACAAGCCACCCUACGAGCACCCCAAGGACCUGAAGGCCAGCAACGGCCGCCUGAGACUGGGCUACGUCAGCUCUGACUUCGGCAACCACCCCACCUCUCACCUCAUGCAGUCCAUCCCCGGCAUGCACAACCCUGAGAAGUUUGAGGUCUUCUGCUAUGCCCUGAGCCCUGAUGACAGCACUAACUUCAGAGUCAAAGUUAUGGCCGAGACCAACCACUUCACAGACCUCUCCCAGGCAAAUCUUCCUCUUGUUUCCCUUCAGAUUCCAUGCAAUGGAAAAGCAGCUGACCGCAUCCACCAGGAUGGAAUCCACAUCCUCGUCAACAUGAAUGGCUACACCAAAGGAGCCCGUAACGAGCUCUUCGCCCUGCGCCCAGCUCCCAUCCAGGCCAUGUGGCUGGGCUACCCUGGCACCAGCGGCGCCCCCUUCAUGGACUACAUCGUCACAGACAAGGACACUUCUCCACUGGAGGUGGCUGAGCAGUACUCGGAGAAGCUGGCCUACAUGCCCAACACCUUCUUCAUCGGCGACCACGCCAACAUGUUCCCACACCUCAAGAAAAAGGCUGUUAUUGACUUCAAGUCCAAUGGUCACAUCUUCGACAACCGCAUUGUGCUGAACGGCAUUGAUCUGAAGGCCUUCCUGGACAGUCUGCCUGAUGUCAAAGUAGUCAAGCAGAUGGAGUGUGAUGGCCAGGAAACCACAGACAACAACGCUGCCAUCUCUAUGCCAGUUAUCCCCAUGAACACCGCAGCCGAGGCAAUCAUCAACAUGAUCAACCAGGGACAGAUCCAAGUCACUAUCAACGGCUUCACCGUCAGCAAUGGCCUGGCCACUACACAGAUCAACAACAAGGCAGCCACUGGAGAGGAGGUGCCACGCACCAUCACCGUGACGACACGCUCCCAGUACGGCCUUCCGGAAGACUCGAUCGUCUACUGCAACUUCAACCAGCUCUACAAGAUUGACCCACCGACCCUGCAGAUGUGGGCCAAUAUCCUGAAGCGCGUGCCCAACAGUGUCCUGUGGCUGCUGCGCUUCCCUGCGGUUGGCGAGCCCAACAUCCAGCAGUACGCCCAGAACAUGGGCCUGCCGGCCGCACGCAUCAUCUUCUCGCCCGUGGCACCCAAGGAGGAGCACGUCAGGCGUGGGCAGCUGGCCGACGUCUGCUUGGACACGCCCCUCUGCAACGGACACACCACCGGCAUGGACGUGCUGUGGGCCGGCACCCCCAUGGUCACCAUGCCUGGAGAGACUCUUGCGUCGCGCGUGGCUGCUUCCCAGCUCACCUGUCUGGGCUGCCUAGAGCUCAUCGCUCAGAGUCGACAGGAGUACGAGGACGUGGCCGUAAAACUGGGCACAGACAUGGAAUACCUGAAGAAGGUGCGUGGCCGCGUAUGGAAGCAGCGAGUGUGCAGCCCGCUGUUCAACACCAAGCAGUACACCAUAGACCUGGAGAAGCUCUACCUGCAGAUGUGGGAGCACCACAGCAUCGGGAACAAACCCGAGCACAUGGUGACGUCGCAGCCCAUCGAGGCGUCGGAGACCGCCUGAGCUAGCCCCACCACCAGCCCAGUCCCGUCCCUUCCCCACCCCCCCAGUGCUAAAGCGCUAAUGCACCCCCUGAAAAACCAUGCGCUCAGACCUCCUCCCUUCUGCACCCCCCCACCCCCUCCCAUCUUCCCAGGGACUCUAUGGAGCCUGUAGGUGGAACUGAGACAUACUCUCACACACACCACCACCUCUGAAUGAAAUCAGGUCCUUUAACAUGCGCCACAUCCCACACACCGAUGAAUCCCCUUGGCCCACCAUAAGGCAGUGAGGAGAGUUGAACCCCACAUGCCUCAUACCCUCCCGAAGCUAACGACACAAUCAGUCUGGUAAUGCUCCUUGUUGUGUGUGUGUGUGUGUAUAUGCGUGUGUGUGUGUGUGAGAGAGGGGUGUGUGUGUGUGUGUGUGUGGGGGGAUAGUGACAUGGACCACCCAAGGCAAACGGAGGCAAAUUUUGUUAGACAAUUUUUUUUUUUUGUUAUUGUUUGUUUUCUGUCUCUUUUCUUUUUGAAAGAAGGGUCAGAGCAAAAGGGACUAUUCUUCGCCUAAGACAGCUUAUAAUCAGUACAAGAACAUUUUCAAAUCAGCUUUAACUCUAUAGUUUGCAGCAUUUUUUUUUUUUCUGCAAUCCCUCACUUUUUCAAGGUGAAGUGGAAUGAUUUAUUUGUUUAUUUGCUGUCUUGGGUGAUUAGUUGGGGAGAAAUGUACUUAGAUGGAAAAUUAUAUUUACCAAAUGCCAAGUUCAGCAAGAUAUUUUGUUACUGUGGAUUCGUGUGUCAAUGUGAAAUACGAAAUGCCCCCAGUGUCCUACUGGGGGGCAUUUCGGGGGCAGCCAGGGGGCGCUGCGUGGGCCGGAUUCUCUUAAGAGGAGUCGCAGUCAAGCACCGCAUUUGAGAAAAUAAGCAUGAGUGGCCACCAUAGCCUACUGCCCCAAAUCACUAUGAAUCGUUGUCAUUUUCACCAGGGGAAGGCCCAGGUAAGUAUUUCUAAACAGUCUUGAUUUUAUAUUCUGCUUUGUCAUUGGUUAUUUGUUUUGAAUUUUUUUUUUUUUUUAACAUCAUAUUGGCCAUUUUAUUUAUGAUCGGAUAAUGGUGUGCUUCAAAGGCUCUUGCGUACUAGCGUGAAAACAUGAACUCUGUCUCACUAAACGAGCGGCCAGUUUCGAGUCGUGUUGCCGCUGUUUUGCUUACGUGCUUCGUCCCGCCAUGGUUUUCUUCAAAUUGUAUAGUAAGUGAAUUGGAUGGUAAGACCAGUUUAAUCGCUCAUCUCUCAUCAGCUCAAAAAAUGUUCCAAGGUGUCUUGUUCUUGUCACUGAAUUAACAGUGUUGUGCAUUCAAAGAAAAUUUGUGCGAUUGCUCUGUGCUAAUAAAAUGUGUUGACAUUUA